AUCCCUAUUAUUCUCAAUAUCCCAACCCCUCAAUUCUCUCUCUAAAAGCCUUAUUUCACCGGCUAGGGUUUAUGGAGCUCGAUUUAAUUUGGUCGCAAUUUGAUAUGUUUUCGACAUCGUCUUACCCAAUUCAAAAUCCCGCUAUCGACCCCGAGAAUUUGGAGAUUUUGAAUGCAUGGCCUACAUCGUCCAGCCAGCUCAUCAAUGACGAGUUGUCGGAGUUGAAUUUAGAAGAAGAAAAGAAACCUCGACAAAAAACUGUUAAAUCUAACCACUCGUCGAAAACAAAGAAGACGAAUCAGAAGAAGAAAGAGCAAGAACAACGAUACACGUUCAUGACGAAGAGCAAAGUUGAUCAUUUAGAAGAUGGAUAUAGAUGGAGAAAGUACGGGCAAAAAGCUGUAAAAAACAGCCCUUAUCCAAGGAGCUAUUAUCGUUGUACUAGUGUGGCAUGUCACGUAAAGAAACGAGUGGAGAGAUGCUUGAAAGAUCCCAGCAUUGUUAUCACAACUUAUGAAGGCCAACACACUCACUCUACCCCUGUCAUGACUCGAUCAACCUUCUUUCCUCCGCCUAUCUCUACCUCUCUCCACGAGGGUUCCACAUCAUUCACCACCACCCCUCCCUAUCUCUUUCACAACCAAAACGUUCAUAAUUUAAAUUUUGCCCGCCACCCCAAUGACUUUGUGGCACCAUCAUUUCAUCACGAGCGAUUGCCACAACACACUGCCUCCUUUGAUCCAUUUACUCAUUUAUUUGCUUCUACUACUAAUUAUGAGUGACGUAUUGUAACAACCAAAGUCUACUACUAACAGAUAUUAUCUGUUUUGACC